UUCACCAGGUGGCAGUAGAGAUCCGAACUGCAGCGACGGAACUGGUAUAGCAACGAGGAACGUACUUCAUUCAAGCUGAGCUCGUGUCGUGUUUGUAUAUUUAUUCAUUUUCACCAUUGAUUGAUUGAGUAUUAGAAACGUGGCCCUUUUCAUUUAAAUUGUGUUCGUUUUCGCUAUCUGUGGGGUGUCAUCUUGGCCGUUAACUUUGGUCACUUGUUUCGGCAACAUGGAAAUAUCAGAGCAAGAAGAAGCACCCUCGGUAAUAGACCGAUAUUACACACGCUGGUACAGAACAGACCUGAAGGGGAAGUCAUGUGAGGACCACUGCGUUCUGCAGCACUCCAAUAGAAUAUGUGUGAUCACCCUUGCUGAGAGCCACCCCAUUAUUCAGAAUGGAUCUUCAAUCAAAAGCAUCAGCUAUCAGAUCAGUGCUGGCUGCAGUAGAUUAAACAACAAGGUGUCUGGAAAAUCUAAGCGGGGAGGCCAGUUUCUCACCGAUUUUGCACCAUUAUGUCGAGUCACCUGCACAGAUGGAAAUGAGUAUACCAUCUACAGCUGCAUCAGAGGACGCCUGGUUGAAGUGAAUGAAGAUAUCAUCACGAGGCCUGAGCUGUUGCUGGAAAAGCCCUCCACCGAAGGCUACAUCGCGGUGAUCCUGCCCAAGUUUGAGGAGAGCAGAAGUAUCACGGAGGGACUGUUGAGCAGACAGCAGUACGACGAGGUUGUCUCCAAACGAGCCAGCCAGCCAGUCAGCAGCCAGAACCACACGGACGAGGGAUGAGGCAGGCGGGUGGAUAGGCCCAGGUAGUCAACUGGUGUUCUGUCCACAUGAGCUGCUGUGAGCUACCAGACUGCAGGGCUCUAAAAUUAACCUUCAUCGCCAGCCAAAAUGACUAGUAGAUGUUAAUUUCUCUAGCCAAACACACACUCACUAAUGGGUCAAAGUGGCUAGUUAGUCAGUCUUCUCUACCAGCCAAACUGAAAUUUCACCAGGCAUUUGUCCGGUUUGCUGGUGUUAAUUUAGAACCCUGCCAGACUGUUAUGAUAAAGUAGCCCUAGCCCCCAGAUUCAGGAUCAGUUUGUAGCGCAGGUCGGCAAGUAGGUUAUAUUGACAGAACAUCGGCUCAUUUGAGGUACGCUGCAGAGACCAGCUUUUGAAAUGGAGAAAACUGAGCUGACAAGAACUGUCCUCUUUUUGACUCUUCAGCUUUGCUUAUUGUGACCAGCAAGCCUGCAGCCUCGAGACAGAACCUGUUCCAAGAAUUAAAUAGUAUCAAAGGCCCCACGUGUGGGUAGGGUAUGCCAAGGCAUGGGCAAGCAACAGACUAUGACCUUUCUGUUUGGCUGGCUCACACUGCAAUAAUACAGUGAUGUGCCUUCAAAAGUAAUUUUGCAUUUCAAUAGUGAGGUCUUCCUUUGUUGUUGUUGUUGUUGUUGUUGCUGUGACUUGGCCGAUUCAUUUAAAAUGUUGUCAAAGUCUCACUUGAACGCAAACAACACAAUCUGGUUUGAGACAUGCAAACGUGUUCAAACAACCUUGACAGGCAACGGCAUUUUGUUUUUUUCCCCUUUGUAGCAUUCAAAAAGUGUGAUGAAGGAUGUCAAAAGAUAAAGAAGCCCUUUGAUAAGUGCAAAUA